AUGCCUCCCGCAACCCCUGCCAAUGACGAGGCGCACCAGCUGCUGAUGAACCAGCUUGACAUCGCCCCUCUCCAAAAGCCAUUCCGCAACCCAAACUGGAAGCCCUCCCAGCGUCGCAACCGAAACCUCAAGCAGAUAAUUGCUGAGAGUGCCCGAAAGGAAGCCUCAGUGAUGGCAACUCAAGCUAACUCGGGCGCGACCACCCCCUUCACUGCGACGGGUAGCACGACGGCCGAUGGAACACAAACCCCAGCAGAAGGAGCUGGCAAGACCCCCAAUCUGGCACAAGCUUCGCAGAACUUGUCGUCCUUGGUCCUGGAGAAGAAUGCUCGCGCCAAUUUUCCCACUGGGCCGGCAGUCACUUAUACCAACAUCGAAUCUGCACCAUCGCUGAGCGCGGCUAACCAGCGCCACUACUGCGAUAUCACCGGGCUGUCCGGCCCCUACACCGACCCCAAGACACGCUUGCGGUAUCACAACAAAGAGAUCUUCGGGGUGAUCAGGACAUUGGCACAGGGCGUACCAGAGACCUACCUUGAAGCGCGUGGAGCACACACUGUCUUGAAAUGA